AUGUCCGGCUGUGAUCAUUGUACGGUUCUUCACGGCGUGUGUUGCCAUUGUGGAUCGUCCGUUGAUGGACAGCAGAUUUUCAAGCGAUGUGGGCAUUGGGUGGUUCGACACGGUCGCUGCUGCCGAUGCGGAUCUCCCCAACCCAACUGCCUACCAUUCGAUUACAUCUCCCAAGGCUUGCACUUGAGUUACGAGUUCGUGGGAUCGGCCAAACGCCUGGUGACGGAGAACUCUUUACGGAGGAAGAAAAAGCUCCACUUGGUUCUCGGCCUGCAGUGCAUUCUCGUACACUGCCGUCAUGUCUCGCGUCUUUCAAACGGAGAAAAGUAUCUGCUAGAAGAAAUUGAGUCGAGGGAUGAUCUGUGGGUCGUGGAAGCGCUCGACGUGCUGGUAAAGUUACGGCCUUUCGUCCGUGAAUUCCUCCGGGAAGCAAACGAGAUGUUCACAAUGUAUGUGUACACACAUUUAUCCCCCGAGUGGGCAGAAGCAGCGUUGAAGUUUCUGGAUCCUCAGAAUGUGUAUUUCCGACAUCGGGUCAUUACUUGUCCAGACAAUACUUACGAUAUGAAGACUCUCGAUCUUGUCUUGGCCGAAGAACGUGGUGUAGUUAUAAUUGAUAACAGAUGCCGAGCGUGGUGGCCAGAACACAGGAGAAACUUGCGGCCGAUCGCGAGUUACGGAUAUUUCGAACCGCGGAGGACGGUGGUAGACGUUGCGAAAUCCAUCAAGAGAAAGCUGUUUGGAUGCGUAACUAAUCAGAAUAUUCCGAUCCAUCGCGACGAGAGCGAAAAGGAUGGAGCUUUGGCGAAUGCUCUGGCGUUUCUCAAGACAGUUCAUGAAAAGUUCUUCCGAUAUGUUCAUCAAGAUACCGUUUAUCCAAGAGACGUUAGGGUUUUCUUGCAUCCCUGA